AUGGUCAUCAUAUAUUUUGCGCUUUAUGAUAAAUGUGGAUUAGGCAAGCCCUCAAAGUGGUAUAUUGAUUUAGCAGCUCAGGUCACGAUUCAUAAUUCUGACAGUGUGCUCAAACACGAAUUUCAUCCCACCAACUUUACUUCGUUCUCCAACACUACUUCCCUCUCUCCUUGUGAUCAAUUUGAUGUCAGUAAGAGAUGUUGGAUUGUUUCUAUUAAUGAUAGUUUCCCAAUUUUUGGAAAACAACUUGCAAUCCAACCUAAAAGACAAACUUGUGUGGUAUCACAUUGGCUCAUGGACGUUUCUUUGUCACCUGACACUCCAAUUUGCUUACUUCGUUGUGGAGGAUUGCUUUACGCUUCGUCCAAGUCAUGGGAUAAAUUUGCUACCCGCGCCUAUACUCUAUACAGUGAUAUGGGUGAUGACACAGAAUCGGAAUGUUCCUCCGCUGAUGAAGAAUUGUUUACAUCUACUAGCUCAUCAAAUACGAUAACUACACCAAAUCUAGCGCAUGUUACAGAUGAUAAACAAGUCAAGAACCAAUCAACAACGGCAAAUCCUGGUGCACAAACAUCAGCCAAAAAACCCUAUAAGGGGAAGAAUUUACCCAUACCCGAGGCCACUCAAAUACUGACAGGAUACAAAGAAGCCGAUGACCAGCAAGAGCAAGUCAGAGACAUUAUUGUAUAUGAUAUUCCAUAUACCUGGGACGUUGAGAAAAUCUUAGGAGAAUUAACAUUAUGGGGUCAUACUAUCAAGUUGUCAUUCCAAGCUGUCAUUCAUGAUAUUCCGGAAGAUAUGAUGAUGGCUACCUUUUGGAAUGACUGUAAACCACAAUUAUUUUUACAGACAUGCGGUGCUAGCGCCUUUAAAAUUAUACAAACAAGUCAAGGAAAGAGGAAACUUGUAGGCUAUUUUGAGAAUUGGGAGACCACACUCAAGGCUUUAGAUACUCCUCAAGUUUUUCUUAAUGAUAAGGCAAAUUGUUCUACUCCUGCUUCUUUGGCUGAACAAGUUUAUGCCAAUACCAUACUGACACACCCUGUUGAUGCACAUUAUGUUUUUUACACUGAUGGCUCCCUUAUACACUUAGGUACUCCUGAGGUCUCUAUAGGAUGGAGUUGGGUUCAGAUUCAUGAUUUGCAUCUGAACUCUGUUGCCACGUAUGCUCAUGGUACUGUUAAACAUUGGCCUUCCUCUUCACAUGCUGAAGCUGCUGCAAUUUAUGCAGCCCUUUCAUCCGUUCCCAAUGAAGAUAAAAAGUUAUCUGCUUAUAAAGAAAUCUAUAAAAUCACAAUUGACGGGCUUAUAGAAAUUUAUAAAACUGCAGUGAAUUUUCUUGGUGUACCUGAAACCCCUGCUCAAUUUUCAAGCAAUAUUAAUAAUGUAUUAGCAAUGUGGGCUCGAAAAUAUCAUGCAAUAAAACCAAAAGUCCAAACUAAAACUCAAAGUAAUCAAAAGAUACCAAUACUUGGUGAAUUCUUAAAAGAUCUAAAAUUAGAAAAACUUAGUAAUAAUCAAGUUUAUUGUCAUUAUUGUGAUACUGGAACGCCUAUUAUUUAA